ACGCUAAGAUCUAACAGGAAAUUUUCUCACUGAUCUAUUUCAGGAAGCAGGGAAGCAGCUUUCACGUACGCAAUAAGUUCGGCGGGUGUGACGUACGCGGUGACCGCAGCUUGCAGCAGGGGCAACAUCACCGCCUGUGGUUGCGAACCCACCGUUAGGACGAGGAAGGAGUUGCCGGCAAACGGUUGGGAAUGGGGCGGUUGCAGCGCGGACGUCACCUACGGGAUGAGGUUCGCGCGUAGGUUUCUGGAUGCGAGGGAGGUCGAGGGUGACGCGAGGAGCCUGAUGAACCUUCAUAACAAUAAGGCAGGACGAAAGAUAGUUAAGGCUCUGCUGCAAACGGAAUGCAAAUGUCACGGCGUGUCCGGCUCGUGCACCGUGAGAACUUGCUGGCGGACCUUACCUAGUUUUCGUCAGAUCGGCGACGCACUGAUGAAAAAGUAUUACAGAGCCAGGCCGGUGAUAGCGAUUACCCCGCCGCCACCACCGACGAUGCAGAGUUUAGACGCGUUGCAUUCAACGUCGGCGGAAAUAGUGCCGAUUUUGGGGAACGAUGCGAAAACUCAGGGGAAACCGAACGACGUUGGAAAGUCCCGACACGACCGGCAACCACCGAAGAAAGCCACGAGACCGAGGAGGCCACAUUUAGUAUUGAAGAGGACUAAAUCGAACGGUGGAUUGAGCGUGGGACAGAAGAGGAUUCCAAAGAGAAGCGAAUUGGUCUUUCUGCAACCAUCCCCAAAUUACUGCGAGCCAGACUUAUCCCAAGGUAGCCUGGGAACUCAAGGCAGAUAUUGUAAUCGUACUAGCAAAGGUACGGACGGAUGCGACCUAAUGUGCUGUGGACGUGGCUACAACACGCACCAAUUCACGAGAACGUGGCAGUGCAGAUGCAAAUUUCACUGGUGUUGCCGCGUGCAUUGUGAAACGUGCACUGAACGUACCGAGGAGUACACGUGCAAAUAAACAUUCGAACGUAUUUGCAAUCUUGGACAUGUAAAUAUACAUGAUAGACGUUAUAACAAUUUAUGAAGAGAAUUUCUCCACUGACGAGAUCUGUCGCGAGCUCUGUCGCGCUCUGUCAGAAACGAUCCGAAACAUCGGCCUCGACAUAAUGCCUCUCUAAUAAUGAUAUAAUUGACAGAGCGUUCCUUUUUUUGCUUAACUCAAUCGAUUUAUAUACGUACGAUAAUGAUAGAUACGCCAUCGUGAUGGCUGAUACUGUGUAAUUGUAGAGACGAUAUGAAGAAACGGUAUAUCGAUAUUUAGUCUGUAUAUUCAUGAUAUUAUGCGAUGAAAUGCGAAGAACGAACAGCAAAAUUUUCGUAAGUUUUGUAAAGCUCUUGUUAUUUAACACGAUAGUCGAUAAUAUGUAAUUGUAGAAACGACGUUAGACAACGUAAGGGACAUGUCGAUAUUUAGUUUGUAUGUUCAUGAUACGAAACGAUAAAACGCGACAGAUGGACGAAAUGCAAAUUGUCGAAUAUUUCAUGAAAGGUAGCUUUGAGAUAUUGGAAGAACUUGAGUUACCAUUUUGAAAUAUUAAGAAAGAUUGAAUGAAUCAGUCUGAUAAUAUUGGAUGGAAAUGUCUCGGUGAUUAAGGUAAUUUCGAUAAAUCGAUCAUUGAACAACCUUUGAAUCUAUACAUAUUAGAAAAUGAUAUAAGAGAUAAAAAUAGAGAAUAAAUAUUCGUCGCUCUAUCUAAAUUGGU